UGGAGAAAGAUAUGUCCUCCUAGCGCAGGGACAAGUCCGGCGACUUAUCCUUCAGGAAUGGUCUGUCUGGCGAGGAUGACAGGAUUUUAUUUACUGGAAGCGAAGUAAGAUUUAACUGAAUAAUGUCAGUUUGACUUUCAAUAAUUUGUCUAAACGUUUUCUGGAUUAUGUGUUGCCAGUAGCAGCAUAACUUCUUCAUACAGGCAGAUUCCAUUGAGUCUACAAGCACCUGACUCGCUGAGCACUACACCCUGGCUUCAACCCUUCACCAGUCCAAGGUCAAGGACCGGAUAACAUCUGUCAACAUUUUCUGGUUGGCGGACACAGAGGAGAACCUGAAACACACCCAGCCCUGAGGACAAGUAGACUAUGCGACACACCCUGCCCUGAGGACAACUCCAGAAAUACUACAUUUUAAUUUAGACCAGGACAGACAACAACCAGGCCUCACACACAAACACACUCUGGAAACCAAACGACCUGGUGGUGCUGGUGCCUAGGCUCGCCCAGUUAAUAACAAUGGUCUGGUCCGUUCUAAUCUGAUUGACACAGACUGACUGUCUGGCUGGUUUGGGUGUUUUGUGAUGCUCCUCUAUACGUUCAUCAUCAUUGUAUCUGAUUUUGAAGAGCUGAAGGACUCACCAUAAACCUGACUGUGUGAAGUUGAGCCCUCGACUGCCAAGGACCGCUUAGACUACUGACCUCGUAAGGGCCGUGUGUGCUCACUGGUCGCUUGUGUGGUGGUCGAUCAUGGGUAAGGAGCAGGACCUCCUGGUGGCAGUGAAGAGUGGAGACAUCCUCCUGGCCCACAAACUCCUGGCCAAGGUCACAUACAACAAAACCAAGUUGCUGGGCUCCACAAAGAGGCUCAACAUCAACUAUCAGGACUUAGAUGGGUUUUCAGCAUUACACCAUGCAGCUCUAACAGGCACCACUGAGCUGCUGUCACUACUACUGGAGGCUCAGGCCACUGUGGACAUCAAAGACAUUAAUGGUAUGCGUCCCCUACAUUAUGCAGCGUGGCAGGGUAAAGCUGACUCUGUGUUGCUGCUGCUGAGAGCUGGAGCCUCUGUUAACACACUGUCACAGGAUGGACACAUACCUCUACACCUUUCUGCACAGUACGGACACUACCAGGUGUCUGAGAUGUUACUCCAGCACCAGUCUAAUCCCUGUCUGGUGAACAAGGCCAACAAGACUCCUCUGGACCUGGCCUGUGAGUUUGGCAGACUCGAGGUUGCUCAAUUGUUAUUGAACAGCAACAUGGUGGUAGCUCUGUUGGAGGGGGAGGGGCUAGACGGUUUAGACAAUGCCUCCAACACGCCCCUUCACCUGGCCGCUCGCAACGGACACAAAGACAUCAUCAGGGUGCUACUGAAGGCUGGUAUAGACAUCAACAGAACGACUCAGGCUGGCACCUGUCUGCACGAGGCUGCCCUCUACGGCAAGACUGAAGUAGUGUGUCUGCUGCUGGACGCCGGUAUUGAUGUGAAUCUGCGUGACACCUACAACCAGACAGCCCUGGACAACGUCAACCAGUUCACCACCUCAUCAGCCAGCAAGGACAUCAAGAUAAUACUACGAGAAGCGUUAGGGUCUCUCCAGGUGAGAGCUGUGAAGGACUACUGGAACCUUCAUGACCCUACAGCCCUCAACCUCCGUGCUGGAGACCUCAUCAUGGUGAUGGAGCAGCACACGGACGGGAGGUGGAAAGGUCAUAUCCAUGACAACCAGAGAGGAACGGACCGGGUCGGAUACUUCCCUCCGUCUGUAGUGGAGGUUAUCAGCCAGAGAACAGGGGGUUCUGUCUCAUGUCAGGUCUCGUUACCAAGCCAACGGCAGCAGCACUUCCUGUCAAGAGCUCCUCCCACCAGUAUUGGCUCCGCCCCCCAGAUUGAGGACUCCUACGCCUUGUACUAUGACCACGCAGCAGGAGACAGGAACAGUGUUGGCAGUGCAAGCAGCAGUGCAGGCAGCAGUGCAGGUAGUGUGGGCAGCAGUCGUAGUACUGGCAGCGGGCAGAGCUCAGAGAACGGCUUUGGACCGACGCACAAGCUGGCACCCUCUGUUGGUGAGUCCAGAGAACAGCAGUUUCCCCCUGCAGGACCAGACCCCAGCAAACAACCUGAUGGACAUACAGGUGGUCAGAGUCGUCAAGUCAGUGGUGGUACUCGUUUGGGGGAGCAGAGUGGCUUCAUGUGUUCAGACAUGGUCCUGGUGGGCAGCGACUCUGAGGCCAUCUACCAAUGGCUGUGUGAGUUCCAGCUGGAGAGCUACACUGCUAACUUCCUCACAGCAGGAUACGAUGUACUUACUGUCAGUAGGAUGACCCCAGAGGACCUGACUGCCAUCGGUGUGACCAAACCAGGCCACCGAAAGAAGAUCUCCAUGGAGAUAGGCAACCUGAACGUCCCAGAGUGGCUGCCUGACUACGUCCCUUCUGAGCUGUCAGAGUGGUUGAGUGCGAUCGGUCUCCCUCAGUACCAGAAGAGACUGUGUGAGAAUGGUUAUGACACCAUCAGCAUCGUCAAAGAUAUCACCUGGGAGGACUUAUCAGAGAUAGGAAUCACCAAGCUGGGUCAUCAGAAGAAGCUGAUGUUAGCCGUGAAGCGUUUAUGUGACCUGCAUCGUUCUCGUCACCAUGCCAACGGCUCCGACACGCUCCGGCAUAAACCUACCACAGUGGCUAUUGAGCCCCCCGAGAUCCCCUACGACUGCUGCCCCCUUUCCCCUCACACCCCCAGGACACCCUUCCCCUCAUUCCAUGACAGCGAGCUGAGCACAGAGGUACAGAACACCAUGAUGGGGAGGGCAGCAGGAGGAGGAGUGGAGAGAGGGGGGUUUGGGAUGGGUGUGAGGGAGAGCAUUAGCCAGGAGAGCAUCGGAACUCUGGUAAAUCGGAAUUCUGGAAAAUCGGGAAAUUUUACGGGAUAUUCCCAAGAGCUUCACCAACAGACUCUGGCAUCGGCUGGAGUGCACAGUCGCUCGGACGAAAGCUUGGGAGGAGGGGGAAGGAGACAGGGGGGAGGAGGGGGAAGGAGACAGGGGGGAGGAGGUAGUCCAGGGAGAGACCGACAGAGACUCACAGAGGUGUGGCCAGACCAGAAGCGCCACCCUCAGCCACCCACUAAACUACCCAUCACCCCCCUCACCCCUCCUCUCACCCCCAGCUCGAUGCCCCGCUUCGCCUACCCAGCCGUGCAUAGUAAACCCAAACCUUGCAAGCCCCUUGCCCACCCCCACCCCUUCUCCUCUCCCCAGGCCUCCCCCACACAGAGGGCCUUCAACUACCUUCACACCCAGGAAGGAGGCACCUAUCUGUGCCAACGUGGUCUACCCAAGCCCCAGGCUGGAGCAAUCCCCCUCCCAGGACAAGGCCUCAACACAGAGGCUUUCAAGAAACGCACCCAGAGUCUGUCCCGCUACGCCCUGUCAGAUGGGGAACCGGAAGACGACGAGUCAUCGCUGCAGAAAUCCGUCCCUCCGGUGACCAUGCCCUCGUACGCAACACUAGGACGCAAAACAGGCUGCGGCCAAUCAAAUUCCUCCGCCGUCCAACGCCACAUCAGCCGGAGCCACUCAUUCGCUGUCCGCUCUCGCCGCAAAGGCCCGCCCCCACCGCCACCUAAGAGGAUGAGCUCGGUGAGUGGCAGCCAGGCCAGUGAAUCAGGAGUGGCAGUGGUGGCAGGGCAGGUGGAGGUGGGAGGGGUGGAGACAGAGAGUGCAGGCAGUGUGAGAAGCAUCGCAGCCAGGCUACAGGGGUCCAGGCCCGGGGGCAGCCCCUCUAAGGGGGUAGCGUUACCCUCCCCUCGCACCCCCACCCCCGCCUCCCACAAACCUGUACCCGCUGUGGGGCUGGGAGGCCUGAGGAGGAUGGGUGGCGAGCGGAGGGAUAGAGAUGGAGGGAUAGAGAAAAGCCCAGAAGAGGAGGAGAGAGUGAGGAAGGAUGGUUCAGUAUUGGAAAGCUCUACAUCACCUCAGAGUAGCUCCAAUGAGAACCUCCCUUUUGCGGAGGAGGGCAACCUCACCAUCAAACAGCGGCCCAGGAUGGGAGCAGGCUUCCAGUCAGACCCUGAAAUCCAACCCCAGGCUUCUCCAGAAGACCCAAAAAUGCAGGCCCCAAAGUCCUUAGGGGUCCCUGAGUUCAACCUCAAAGAGUCGGACACGGUCAAACGACGGCAUCAGCCCAAAGACCGGGAAACACACACACUGGACGACGGACACACACAGCCACACACACACAGCCGGUCCAACGGCUUCCACACACACACAAACGGAGAAAAGCAAGAGGAGGAAGCAGGUGUGAAGUCAGGGAGCUGUUUACAGAGAACAGAAUCGACAGGGAAAGGCCAGAAACCACCCCUGUCCUCCAAACCAACCAGCCCUGUCCUCAAACCUGUCCUCACCCCUAUAACAGCCAGUCAACAGAAGACAGUGACAGGCAGCACACAGAACCAUAUAACAUCCAGUCAAAAUACACACACAACCACCUGUAUACCAGGCAAUCCACAGAAACCAGUAACAGCAACCAAAGCAGGCAUUCAGCAGAGAACAGUAACAUCCAGGCCAACGAAUCAGAUGCCUGCUACUGUCUCUGCCUCUACACUUCCCCAGCUCAGCUCAUCCAUAACCUCAGCCCCUACAGCCCAGGCAACCCGCGCUCCAUCCUACCGCACCUUGGUGCCUCCGGGCCAGGCAGGGAGAGCAGGAAAGGCCCAGGAUGGUGAGGCCUGCUCGGAGGUGUUGGUUCAGAGGAGGCUGGUUGAGACCAACACGUCACUGGAGGCAGCGCUGAAAGUUGUAGAGAGAAAAACGUCUCAGGAUGACUGCACUGACGGUGGCAGCAGCACAGUGAAAGCAGCAGGGAAUAUCCUGGAUGACAUCGGCAACAUGUUUGAUGACCUCGCCCACCAACUGGAUGCCAUGUUGGAGUAAAUACCUCCUCUUCACUCAAGGCAACCUGAAUAGGACCCGUAGGAUUGGUUUGCAAAUUGCACCCUCUUCCCUAUAGAGCCCUGGUCAAAAGAAGUGCACUAUAUAGGGAAUAGGGGGCAAUUUGGGAUGCAUCGCUUGAAUUGAUUAGACUGAUGCACUGAUCUGCAUGUUUUAUAGGGUGGAUGAGAGAAAGUAGGA